AUGCCUCCUUCUACUUUGACUGCCGUUGUGAGCGAGGCGGUGACCUCUCCUGCCCCAGAGACCUCGAACAUAGCGUUUGAACAAUCGGCAUACACAACCUGGCGCAAUGGCGCUAUUGCCAUCAUUGUUUUAUUCAGUGUCUUCUGUAUUGUGACGCAUGUCGCGUCGGAAAUGAAGGACACGCCCUCAAUGAUCCUAGAAUGGAAGAAGGGCUUGAAGAAGUUCCGGCACGAUCUUCGCCGGAGACUGAUUCUUGAAGUCAUUGAAGGUCUCCAACGUCUUCAUGUCGCGCUCUGA